AUAACCCACGUGACGGUCUCAUAGGAGCCGUGUACGAACCACACUUCCCAGGUUAUUGGUAUACAGAUGAAGACUGAAGUUGUCAUCCUUUGACACUAACUGACGGUUGACAAUCGAGAUGCCUAAGUCUGCCCAGGAGCUACUGGAGGCACUUCGCGCCCAGUGCCUUAGUCGGGGCUGUGGCGGUAUUAAAGGACUUGGUGCCGUCUUCCGUUUUCUGGAUAUUGACUUCUCCAAGAAGAUCGUUUUUGCGGAGAUGAAGACUGGCUUGACACGUUACGGGCUACAAUUUUCUGAGGACGAUCUGAAAACAUUGUUCAGAGCUUUAGACAGAGAUGGCAGUGGCGGUAUCGACUUCCAGGAGUUUAUGAACCAGCUUCGCCCGCCCAUGUCCGCUUCCAGGAAGGAGGUUAUCCUACAGGCCUUCAACAAGCUAGAUGUGAACGGCGACGGAGCCCUGGGUGUGGAUGACCUGAAGGUGAUAUACGCUGAAAACGCCAAGGCGCACCCGAAGUACCGGAGCGGGGAAUGGACGCUAGAACAGACACUCCAGAACUUUCUGGACGCACUCGACACCCCGGGCUGCCCUGACGGCAAGGUCACGCGACAGGAAUUCCUAGAUUUUUACGCAGGGGUCAGCGCCACGGUGGACGAUGACAGUUACUUUGAUCUGAUGUUGCGGUCGUGUUAUGGACUUCCCAAGAAACAACUGGGUUCUGGUCAGAAAUAGGAACACCCUCUCGCGGAUAAUGCGUCAGUACUGGGACGUACCCUUAAACGUUGCUCCUAGUCUUUUUGGUCAGCGUCAUGAAGUUUACGAUGGUUGUCGAGGCGGGCUUUGGUGAGGGUCUGUAAUGCAGAAGGAAGCGAUCAGUCGGAAAAAUACACCGUGCUACACACUGAGGGUCAUCAUCAUCGUCCUCAUCAAACCGGAAUACUCGAUAUCAAAGCACAAGAUAAGACAAUCGUCAAACACUAAAAUCUGAGAUGACGUGCAUAUCGGUGAGAGGAAAGAAUAGUUUCCUUGACAAUCAGCAAACGUAUCAAAUGCGUACAUUGAUGUAACCCACACCGUGACUCGCACUUUUACACCAGCCAGCAAUAACCUUUCUGGGUCUCCUAAACUAAUGAGGUUAAUAUCCCGCAGUGAACAGAAAAUACGUUUUUUGAUGAUAAAGCGCGAUUCACUUCCUGGUCCGGACAGUCGACAGUGUGAGUUUAACAGCUUGAUUGAGCCACGCGAAUUGCCUUAAGUUCUCUAUGUUCAUGAAGUUUUUGUACGCCUCAUACUGCGUAGAUGUAAAUUCCAUUUAUUUCUAAACCGGAUUGCUUGUAGACACAAUAAGUUUGUUAAAGUAUAGGGUAAGGAGUAUAACAUAGAAUCUUACACGAUGCCAUUGACUACAAGAGGCCACGUGUCAGUCGUCUUGUUACUAAAUGGCUAGGACUUAGCACUGUGAUAUUUGACGUGAACAAAAGGUUUGCGUAUUUCACUUCAACUAUCACAUUAAUAUUGUUGUGCAUUUUCGUAAGAAUAACAUUCUUGAAACAAAAAUAUAAUAAACAGGUA